UCCCUCUUGGCUCCGGGACCUGCUCACAUCCCAGCGAUGCCCUCUGGAGCCUUGGCCCCAGCUGGGUGACAUCAUUCCAGAGCGGGCGCCAACCUUACCUACCCCGCCAGGACUCCCUCGAUCACCUCUACCACCUCCCAUGUCUGACUGCCCCUGCAGACUCUAGAAUGUCUGUACCCCAGAUCCAAGUAGAAGAAGAGGAGGGGCUGGCAGGGGCCGCCCCUGCUCCUGACGACCACCUCCGGAGCCUGAAGGCCCUCACUGAGAAACUGAGGCUGGAGACCCGCAGGCCCUCCUACCUGGAGUGGCAGGCUAGGCUGGAGGAACAGGCAUGGCCCUUCCCGAGGCCAGCUGCUGAGCAGGGCGGGUGUGGGGAGGAAGAGCCCUCCCCGCCGAGAGAGCCCAGGCAGCAUCUCCCGCCCAAUGGAAGUGCCAGCCAGGACGAUGGGACCCGGUCCACUGGCAAGCUGGAAGGCUUUGAGAAUAUCGAUGAAGCUAUAGCCUGGCUCAAGAAGGAGCUGAUGGAAAUGCGGCUGCAGGACCAGCAGCUAGCCAGACAGCUCAUGCGCCUGCGCAGUGACAUCAACAAGCUGAAGAUUGAGCAGACCUGCGACCUCCACAGGCGGAUGCUCAACGACGCCACCUACGAGCUGGAGGAGCGCGAUGAGCUGUCAGACCUCUUCUGUGACUCCCCGCUGGCCUCCUCCUUCAGUCUCUCCACGCCACUCAAGCUCAUCGGAGUUACCAAGAUGAACAUCAACUCCCGGAGGUUCUCCCUCUGCUGAGAAGCCCUGGAACCAGGCAGAGGAUCCAGAACUGGGGGUUUGGGGGUGAGGAGGGGGCGUGAAAAGGGAGUUGAGGCCGAGCUACCCCAAAGGCAGGGCUUCCCUGAGACCAGUGAACCCUGAACCCCCAGGACCUGUCGCCACGCGAUCUCCCUGGGGCCCCAGGUUUAGAGCCCAACAUCCCCAUGACUGGUUCUCACCUAAUACCCAAAGAGUCCUGCAGAAGGGCCACUCCACCCAUGUUCAAUGAGACCCGGGUUGCCAGCACGACACAUCUCAGUCCUCCCUUCAGUGAUCCAUAUUCCUGUUUCCUGGAAUCGCUGGUGCUAUGAGAACUGGGAUCCCAAACCGGGGGGCCCAAAAGCUGUGAUUCUUGCCAAAGCCUUCCCCACAGGCCCUGGGCCACCAGGGAGAAGUGAUUAGUUACAUCAGAUGUGCCCACCUUGCUGGGGCUGUCUGUCCUCUAAGUCCUGGCUGGAAUUCACCCUACAUAGGUGACUCAACAACCUGGACAGCAACCCACCAGGAAAGGAAAACUGAAAGGAUACAGUGUGAGUUGUAUCCAUCCUGUGCCAGGCGGAGCAAGCAUAGACACCCUCUGUUGCCUGCUCAGCCACAAGUGC